GGUACAAGUGGAAAUGAGCUUGCCAUGAUAUAACCGAUAAGCGGCGCCAAAGCGGAAAGCACAAAAAAUAAAUAUUAUUACUGCUGUUUAGUAACCAGUGAGCUUGGAUUGAGUCGGACUUAGUCACGGAUCGAGCGCCAUGCCCCACCCGAUCGGAUUUAUCACGCUUCUCUGGAUAUUCAUGGGCGAGUGCCUGCGGAUUGGUGUUCUGGGAGGAUACGCGGAGGAUACCUAUCCGGCGAGUGUGCUGGAAGAUGCCCAUCUAACCACAUUGCAACUUUUGACAAAAUACAAGUAUCCUGGGGAAUCCCAUCAAGUCACCACCGAGGACAAAUAUGUAUUGACGCUUCAUCGCAUUGCCCGGCCAGGUGCCAAGCCUGUGCUCUUGGUCCACGGUCUGGAGGAUACCUCCUCCACUUGGAUCUCAAUGGGUCCCAACAGCGGCUUGGCGUACUACCUCUUCGAAAAUGGCUACGACGUCUGGAUGGGCAAUGCCCGGGGCAAUCGAUAUUCAAAAGGUCAUGUCAAACUCAAUUCAAAUACGGACCGGGCAUACUGGAGCUUCUCCUGGCACGAAAUCGGGAUGUAUGAUCUUCCAGCCAUGAUCGAUGGGAUUCUGGAGAAAACGGGCUACCAAAAGUUGAGCUACUUUGGCCACUCCCAGGGCACCACCUCAUUCUUCGUGAUGACUUCCAGCAGACCGGACUACAAUGCAAAGAUUCACAUCAUGAAUGCCCUGGCUCCAGUUGCUUUCAUGGGAAACAUGAAGGCACCUCUCAUAAGCAUCGGUCGCAUGGGCAUCAAUGUUGUGGGAGGCUCCUACGAGCUGUUUCCACACAGCUUUAUAUUUCUCAAUCAAUGCCUUAGCUCUUCCGGAAUGAUGAAGACCUGUCUUCGCUUCUACUGGCAGAUUGUGGGCAAGAACAGGGAGGAAUUGAAUAUGACUAUGUUUCCAGUGGUUUUAGGCCAUUUACCAGGUGGCUGCAAUGCCAAGCAGCCCCAACAUUACAUCCAACUCAAAACCUCUGAUCGUUUCUGCCAAUAUGACUACGAUACCAAGGAGAACCAGCGGAUAUACGGACGCUCCUCUCCGCCGGAAUAUCCCCUUGAGAAGAUCACUGCUCCGGUGGCCCUGUAUUAUGGAAGCAAUGACUACUUUGCGGCAGUCGAGGAUGUAAAGCGGUUGGCCAAGUUGCUCCCCAAUGUGGUGGACAGCCACAUGUUUAAGAAAUGGAAUCACAUGGACAUGAUUUGGGGCGUAAGUGGCAGACGGACGAUCCAGCCCAGGAUGCUGAAACUGAUGCAGUAUUGGGAGACUUACGGAGGUGCCAAGGAGGACAAAACGGAAGCACCUCCUGAACCAGAGGAGCAAGAGGGCACUACCGAGUUGGUCCUUGAAACUUCUACUAAAAUUAUUCCUAAGGAAUCGACGCAGAGUUCUGGAAUCGUAGAAGAAAAGGAUGAUAUUCAGACGACUGAUCAAGGAAUCAAUGAAGAAUUGGAGGAGCCUGUGAACGAAACUACUUAUUCCCCUAUGGAAGAGUAAAUGAAACGAAUUAGUUACUAAUUUGAAAAUAAUUGUAAUAUAAUUGGUAUUUUGGUUUAUUAAAUGUUCUGCUAUUCAAAA